GUAAAUGUCAAAAUGACAUUUUUGAUCAGUUAAAACCUUUCCAACUAUAGUUUUCAAAUUCCUGUAUAAAGAAAGUUCAACAUUCAAUGAAAAGAAUGGCUCAGGAUCCGUCGGCGAUGAGAUCCAGAAGAAGAUGGGAUACAUCUUCGAAUGUGGCUUAUGGUGUACCGGAAGAUACGCAACGGAGAAAUCAAAGAGCAGUACCUAGUUAUGUCGCCCAUACUAUGCCAUCAGGACCUCACUCUCGCUACCGUGAUUAUGUAAGUGUAAAACAAGAUACACCACUUCCAAGAAGAUCAUCAAUGCCACCCGGAGUUGCCACCGGUUACGUUCAACCUGUACCGGAAAUACCCAACUCCGUGGAUGACCCAAGUACCCAUGAAAAUCUCCAACAAGCCGCGUAUUUACCACAGAGAUCAACAUCACCCGAGCCUGUUACUCAAAGAUAUCACAAUCAAUAUCGAACAUCCCCAACGCGUUAUCCCCCUAGAGUCAUGUUCGAACAAAAUCCUCAAACCGGAAGAAACCAUUACGAAACCGGUUAUGGAGUUGAUUAUGAAAAAACGAUGAACGAUCAAAUUAUAGAUCCGAUUCAAAGAUCUAUAAUCAAUGAAGCACAAGAAAUGGUUGAACAAUACGACGAGGAACAAGUAAAUGAAAUUACUCCGGAAGUUGAAACUUACACGGUAACUCCCGCUGAUAGUCAAUCGUCCGUUGAAAGUGGAGAACCAAGUGGUGGUGAAGUGGUUGCUUCAUCAAAUUUAAGUUCGUUAGAACGGGAUUUAGCUAAACGGGAAAAAGAGGAACGAAGGCAAUUGCACAAAGAUUUAAAACGGUGGCAAAAACAACGAAGGAAGAUAUUUUUGAGGCAAUCUGGAGAAUACGUUACACAAGAAACUCAAAAUUACGAACACUGAAUAACCUUUUUCGUUUUUUUAUUAAAGCUAACUACUAUAAUUAAUAGGAAUUUAUUAGACGUUUCAAAUACAUUUAUUUAACGUGAAAAACUUUAGUUUCAUUAUAAUUUAUUCACGUCGUAUUAAU